CACCGAUCGACUGACCGUCUCAACGGAAAAAGAAGCAGCAAAAAGAGACGCAAUUAAAAUGGAGUCUGUCCUCAAGAAAUAUUUUGGGUACUCUGCUUUCCGCGAGUAUCAGAAAGAGAUUAUUGAGAAAAUUCUACAGAAGAGGGAUUGCUUGGUGGUCAUGGCCACUGGCAGCGGAAAGUCCUUGUGCUAUCAGGUCCCUCCUUUAGCUGUCGGAAAGACUGGCAUAGUGAUCAGCCCCCUCAUAUCUUUAAUGCAAGAUCAGGUAAUGACUUUGAAACAACGGGGCAUCAGAGCUGAGUAUCUUGGAAGUAGUCAGACAAAUCCCACUGUCCAAAUCAAAGCUGAAAGCGGUCAAUUUGAUAUUUUAUUCAUGACUCCCGAGAAGGCAUGCUUGAUUCCUUCCAGCUUCUGGUCAAAAUUGCUGAAGGUGGGAAUUUCUUUGUUUGCUGUUGAUGAAUCACAUUGCAUAUCGGAGUGGGGCCAUAAUUUCAGGGUCGAAUACAAGCAGUUAGACAAGUUACGUAAUAUUCUCUUAGAUGUUCCAUUUGUUGCACUCACUGCAACCGCUACUGAAAAGGUUCAAAUUGAUAUCAUCAGUUCCCUAAAGAUGAAAGAUCCCUAUAUUACCAUUGGCUCAUUUGAUCGUGGAAAUCUCUUCUAUGGUGUCAAGCCUUUUAAUCGAGGUCAACUCUUUAUCAAUGAGCUUGUGAGAGAAGUUUCAAAGUUUGUAGCAAGCACUGGUUCAACUAUCAUUUACUGCACAACAAUUAAAGAUGUUGAGCAGAUAUUCAAGACACUUCAGGAUGCAGGAAUUAAGGUUGGAAUCUAUCAUGGUCAAAUGGAUAAUAAAACUCGUGAGGAGUCCCACAGAUUAUUUAUACGAGACGAAUUGCAAGUCAUGGUUGCCACUAUUGCUUUUGGUAUGGGUAUUGAUAAGCCAAACAUAAGACAGGUGAUACACUAUGGUUGCCCUAAGAGUCCAGAAUCUUAUUACCAGGAAAGUGGGCGAUGUGGAAGGGACGGUAUCGCUUCUGUUUGCUGGCUUUAUUAUUCAAGAAGUGACUUUGCAAAGGCUGAUUUCUAUUGUGGAGAAUUCACAACACCAAAUCAAAGAAGAGCUGUUAUGGAGUCGCUCAUGGCUGCACAACGGUAUUGCUUGACUACAACUUGCAGAAGAAAGUUCCUGCUCGACCACUUUGGAGAAAAAUCUGCAGCAGAUAGAUGUGGGAAUUGUGAUAACUGCACUGUGUCAAAGAAGGAGUGUGAUAUGUCUAGAGAAGGAUUUCUUCUAAUGGCUUGCAUUCAAUCAUGUAGGAGCAAAAGGGGCCUGAAUAUGUAUAUAGACAUUCUUCGAGGUUCUCGAUCAAGAAAAAUUCUUGAUGCUCAAUUCGACAAGCUUCCGCUUCAUGGACUUGGAAAAGAUUACUCAUCGAAUUGGUGGAAAGCACUAGCUUCCCAAUUAAUUUCUUGUGGCUACUUGAUGGAGACCGUAUCUGAUGUAUAUGUGACUGUGAGUGUCAGUUCAAAAGGAGAGCAAUUUCUUAGGUCUGCUAGACCUGAUUAUCAACCACCCCUCUUUUUGCCAGUAACCAGUGAGAUGGUUGAUGAUGAGUACCAUAAAAGCACAUCCGGUGAAUUUCAAGAAUUCAAAAGUGUGGCUACUUUGGAAUGGGAGGGACUUUCACAGGUUGAGGCACAACUCUACCAAAUGCUUUUAGAAGAGAGACUGAAGCUUGCAAGAGGCAUAGGAACUGCACCAUAUGCUAUAUGUGGUGAUCAAACAAUAAAAAAAAUUGCUGUAACAAGGCCAUCUACCAAAGCAAGGCUCGCAAACAUUGAUGGUGUCAACCAGCACCUACUAGUGACACAUGGAGAUCAUUUUCUUCAGAUUAUUAGGAAUCUAUCACAAGGACUAAACCUUUCAUUGGAUGGGGCAGCAGACUUACAGACUGCUGGUACAAAAGAAGUGUAUUCAUUACCCAAACCGAAGAAGAAUUUAACACCAGCAAAGGUUGAAGCUUGGAAAAUGUGGCAUGAAGAUGGUCUCUCCAUUCAGAAAAUUGCCAACUUCCCUGGAAGAUCAGCUCCUAUCAGAGAACAAACUGUUUCAGAAUAUCUCCUAGAUGCUGCCCAAGAAGGAUUUCCAAUUAAUUGGAGCAGAUAUUGGGACGAAUUUGGAUUGACACGUGAAAUAUUCUCAGCCAUUCAGGGAGCCAUUUCAAAGGUUGGCUCUACGGAGAAGUUGAAGCCCAUUAAAAAUGAAUUGCCAGAAGAAAUUAGUUAUGCACACAUCAAGAGUUGUCUGAUAAUGCAAAACCGUGGGAUCUCUUCAGAACUGAUUACACUCAGCUGCCAGAACACAUGGAAUGCUGAUGAACUUCAGGACAAGGUGUCAGAAUGCUCACUGAUUCCCACCAGUACACGCCCCAUGGAAGGACCAUGUGAAGUUAAAACCUCAUUCCAGAAUUCAGUUGCUCAUUGUUGCUAUGGAAAAAAUGAAGAAACAGCUUCUGUUCCCUUCACUGGUGGCCGGGGACCAAAGCUAUCCCUAGUCCAUGAUGAGGAUUCGCUCUUGACAAAACGCCAAAAAGUUAGUAGUCCGAAGGAAGGAAGUUCCAUCUCCCUGAAGGCAACGGAGAGUGCCAUAGUAGACUGGCUUAAGAACUUUGAUGGAGUUAAUCUGUCUGAUAUUCUUGAUCACUUCAAUGGAUCAAAAGAAGAAUCCGUGGUUGAUUUACUCAGUUGCCUUGAAGGCAACUUUGUUGUAUAUAAAAAGAACAAUAUCUACAGGAUUAUGUAACCAAGAGACGAAUCAAAUUUCUGAGACGAACUCUGUAUGUGAAAUAUUGUUGAUAACUUGAUAUAGAGUUUCAACGACCACUAUAUGCGUUUGUGAUAUUCAAAUAUAGCUGUUCAAUG